CGAAGUAAACCYCCCUGCCCUGCCUUACCCCAUGCACUGAGCACCUUAAGAGAAAAGCUGCUUUCCGACCAGUUGUCAGUCGCUCUUGGCUAAAGCAUGGAAAUCUCUACUCUCGCCACGUACCACUGCCUUGCUUUUGUCUGGUAUUUUUUUGUUGCCUAUUCCAUCACACACAUUAAAACAGAAGAGCGGCCAUCUGAAGUGUUCCUUUACGGUGGGCAGUGGAAAUAUUUGACAGUCCUCAAUCUGGUUUUGCAGGCUGUCUUCUAUGGGGUGUCCUUCCUGGCUGAUGUUUUGCGACUAAUUAAGAAGCUGCGAUGUGCUAAGCGCGUAAUUUCCAGCAGAGACCUUCUUUUCAGUGUCCUGGCUUUCCCAGUGUCCACAUUUGUGUGUAUAUCMUUUUGGACACUGUAUUCCUACAACCGAGAGCUGGUUUACCCCAAAAGCCUUGAUGGAGUCAUCCCACUCUGGUUAAAUCACGCUAUGCACACGGCUGUAUUGCCAUUUGCUCUCCUGGAAAUCCUUGCCUUGCCUCAUCGUUACCCAGCAAAGAAGAAUGGAUUGAUCCUUUUGGGAUUUGUUGCUUUUCUUUAUAUCAGUUGGGUCCUGUGGAUUUACUCUGUGACGGGAGARUGGGUAUAUCCUCUCUUUGCUUUGUUCAGCCCCUCUGGGUUAGCAGCCUUUUUUGCCGGUAGCCUUGCCGUCAUCGUCUCCUUCUACAACUUUGGAGAGUUCCUCAACCGUAUGAUAUGGGGAGAUUCAAUAGUAAUAUUGGAYCACAAGUGGAAAGGCAAGUGAAUCSUCCUCUU